GUGGUAUCCAUUGAGUUUUGUUGCAGUUUGCUCACAGGGUGCCUUCAUUUCCCACUGGUACUUCGUGCAACUUGGUAAGGUUGAAGGAGUUGGUUGUGGAUCUGGUUUUACUGGUAUCAAGGCUGGACAAGAUGAUUGAACUAACACGUAUCCUGAUUGGGUCGCUGGUACUCCUACUCAUGGUCAACGAAUCCUACCAGACCAGAUGUUAUAACAGUCGGGGCGUCCGCCAAUCCUAUGGCCGCUUCUGCUUUGAUACCAGCCUCUCUUGUUGGUCCGGGUUGAAUCCAGCUCACCUGUCAGACAUAAACAACGAGUUCUACCUGUUCACCCGUCAGUAUAAUAGUGACAGACGCUGCUAUUACCAACAAAAGUUAUACUGGGACGACCCCAACACAUUCGAUAGUUUCCACAGCUACAAGAAAACAAUUGUUAUAAUCCAUGGCUGGCAAACAAGCUAUCGGAACAGAUACUUCAUGUCACUCUGUCAUUCGUUCAUGAAAUUGGACAACUACAACAUCAUCAUGGUGAGUUGGCCAUCGUCCCGAUGGAGUCGCCUUCAUUAUCAAAAGAGUGUGAUGGAUAUCGUACUGGUUGCAAAGGAACUUGCCUUACUGCUGGAGGAGUUGCACGAGCGUCGAGGUUUACAGUACGAAGACGUCCACAUGUUGGGGCACAGCCUUGGUGCCCAUCUGGCAGGGUACACUGGCAUGUUUUUACACGGACAGAUCGGGCGUAUUUCAGGCCUCGACCCUGCGAGACCGGGUUUCAGGGAGUACCUCGGCACUUCAGAUUGCCAUUUGGAUAGAACUGACGCUGACUUUGUUGACGUCAUCCAUACGGAUGGACCCGUCCAUCUGUUCGGACUUUAUGAACCGGUGGGUCACCAAGACUUUUAUCCUAACCAUGGCGACCUCGACCAACCAGGCUGUACGUUUGUCGUCCACUGCAGUCACAUGCGAGCAAUUGACUACUACUUAUCCAGCAUGAAGAACUUCUACAUUCAGCCCGGCCGAACCUGUUCCUUCGCCACCAAGAGACGGAUCUGGCAGCGCUCUUGCAGCGGGACAUGCCCCCGGAUGGGCAUCCAUGCAGAGAAAGGAGACGGCUCUGGAAGAUUCGUCAUCAGGAUGGAUUCCAACAACUGCGGAUACAAAUUCCUUAUGCCGUAGUUUUGAUAUAUUAGUUGUCUUUUUUCUCGUAUAGAGACUACUCAGAACUCGGUUGAGUAUCUUUGUUUGAUCAGCAAUCGUAAACGUUUCUAUUAUUAUGCAAGUUUGAUAAACAGAUAUUGUUUAAAGGCAG